AUAUUUACCUAAGGUGCCUAAGUAAUCAGAUGCUUAACUAACAAUACAUUACUUAACUUGAUUGGAAGUGAAUAACGUAAGCAAGCAUUGGUUAUAUAAUCAAGCCACCCCCUUUUACCCCUAUUCAAAUAGCUUAGGUAAUCCAGUAUUUGCGAUUUUCAAAUUGGUCGUCUUCGAUCGUGACUCUUGAAUGUCAAUAUUUAUUUAGGUAUUUAAAUAUUUUGUUUGGAACCAAUCGACGAAGAAUGCUAUGAACACCCUGUUAAUCUCUUGGCACUGGCCCUAGCUCAGCGCUAGACCAGGGUUACAUCUUCUAUGAGAUGGUCGGCAUAAUGUGGAGGAUUACUUUCAGGUCCAGUCCGACUGUCCGAUAAAGCCGGGGGGAGUUAACUUCUUGAUGUUUUCCGUAGCUACGUAAGCAUCCUUCAUGGUUUCAACGUCACCGAAAUCAUUGCAUCACUAUAAGUAGCAUCGAAACCCAGACGCCGGACAAUUGACUGCGAAGAAUUUCCUAAGUCCUCUUAAAUCCAUUGUUAAGACCGUUUUCUGUUUCCUUUCUUUCGUGUAUAUAUAUAGUUGCUGUAAUCGCUGAAUAGAGAUCUAGUUGAAAUGCAUCAAGCAGAACAAAUAAGAAUCAAACAAUUACUAGAAACCCAUUAAAUCGUUAAAUCACCUCUACAGUCAUCAUGCGAUCUAACGAACACGCUAGCGCCGGGGCCGCGAAGAAAAUCCCCCUUGGCCCUCAAACUCCCGUAUAUACUUACAGCCCUCUCGUUCUGUCCAUUCCAGGCCGCCCCGUCGACCUAGACGUCAAAGUCACAGCUCCCGCAACUGGAACUAGUCUCCCCAUCGUCAUUAUUUCCCAUGGGCAGGGCAUGAGCAACCACCUCAACUCCCUCGAGGGAUACACCCCUCUUGCAGAAUUCUGGGCCGCGCACGGCUUCGUAGUUAUCCAACCUACCCACUUAUCCUCCAUGUCCCUCAAGCUUCAAGCCCCGCCGGGCCAGGAAUACUACUGGCAAGACCGCGCCGACGAUAUCACAAGAAUCCUCGACAGACUCGAUAUUAUCGAAGCAGCGGUCCCCGGACUUAAGGGAAGGUGGGAUAGCAACAAAGUUGCGGUUGCCGGGCACUCGCUCGGCGCAUGGACUGCAUCCAUGCUUUUAGGCGCUCAGAACACCGACCCGCGCUUCGGGACAGUGACAGAUAAACUCGACAAGCGCGUCAAGGUUGGUAUCAUACUCACCGGUACCGGGAAAGCAGGCGAUGAGCUGUCGGAAUUCGGACAUAAAAUGGUACCUUUUUACGGACCUGACUUUAGCACAAUGGCUACACCGGCGCUUAUUGUAUGCGGAGACGAAGAUGUGAGCCCGCAUUUAACCUCGCGUGGUGCGGAUUGGCAUGCGGAUUGUUACUACCUCUCCUCGGGUCCUAAGGACUUGUUUUGGGUUAAGGGGGGAAAGCAUGGUCUUGGGGGUAUUAGUGGGUGGGAUGGGAAGGAGACGCAGGAUGAGGGUCCUGAGCGAUUGGCUUCGGUUCAGAGAGUGACUUUGGCUUACCUCAGGACGGCGCUUUAUGGGGACUCGUCUUGGGAUGAGGCUCGUGAAGCCCUUAAGGGACUUGCGGAGCUUGGUUCGAUUGAGAGUAAGAACUAGGGGCCACCGUGGUAGUAAGGGUCAAUGGUAAUGUCGCUUCCCGGCGAGGUUGCUGGUUCAUGUUUCCCGAGUUAAAGCGUUUACAGCAUUAGUCUCCACUCAGAUCACGAUAUGAAGUAUAGCACCAGAAGAUAGCUUCAGGGGAUCGAUCAAUUCAAUCUGCAAUUUCCAAGAUAA